AUGCAAGAUGCUUAUCCUUGUCCAACUCCAAUGGCUGCUGGUACCAAGCUUUUUUCUUCUGAUAGUGAGUUGUUCAAGGAUCCUAGUGUAUAUAGAAACACCAUUGGAGCUCUACAAUACUUGACUUCAACAAGACCAGAUAUAAGCUUCACAGUUAACAAGCUUAGUCAAUUUCUUCAAGCUCCAACUAAACUUCAAUGGAUGGCCUGCAAAAGGGCAUUACGGUACCUUAAAGGCACUCAGUUUCAUGGAUUGCAAUUCAAACUAGUAGCUGCCCUUUGUGUUGAGUGUUAUACCGAUGCAAAUUGGGGAAGUAAUCUUAAUGAUAGGAGGUCUACAAGUGGGUAUUGUAUUUACCUAGGACCCAAUCUCAUUCAAUGGAGCUCUUGUAAGCAAAAAGUUGUUGCUUUAUCCUCAACGGAAGCUGAAUACAGAGCCCUUGCACAGACUGCAACUGAAUUAGCUUGGUUAGACAACCUAUUCUUUGAGAUAUGA